UUGUCUUUGGGGUUUGGGGACCAAGACCGAAGUCUCCAUCAAUGGCUCCACCACUACCAAUUUUCCAUUCCCACUCCACGCGUUUUUCCUUUUCUCUGUUGUUUGCAACCGAUAUAAUUCAAACUUUUAACUGUUACCAUCUCAGAUUAGUCUAACAGUGACAGGUUAUUAAAUAGACGAGUAGACGUCUACUUUUCACUAUCAACUCUUCAUCAGUCUUCCAUUACAAGAAGGAUAAGCUCUAUUGUUUCUCACCAAGAAAAUUCACCAAAUAGAAGAAGAGGAGGUGCCAAUCUGCCAAUCCCAGGCUAGACGUUUCAGACAAGCCCAAGGCUGCUUAUGACUUUUCAAUGUAACGUUAGCCAAAUAGAAAUGGAUGGGAUUUGUUGGAGAAGACUAGAGAGUCAAGUGUUUCUGGUCAAUUGGGAAGGUGUGGAGGAAACUUCUGCUUGGAAGAUUGAUCAUUCAUGUCGAUUUCAGCUAGAAAAACCAAUAACUCAUGCAUUUAGCUUUCCACAGCCACAGAUUGCGAUUGGUCUCAGUCCACUGGCGUGUCAACUGGUUCUUUAAAAAUAUUAGAUGGUAACAACAUAACAAGAGGAGGAGGAGGAGGAGUUUGUGGGAUGAGGAUCUGAAAACCUAUUGUAGCUUAGCUACUGUUAGCUGUUAACAAAUUUUCAAUUGUAAACCAGUUGUAUUAUGUAUGAUGGGUUCUCCUUCAUUAUCUUUCCAUGCCUUUGUUCUUGUUUUUCCUUUCUUCUUACUUGUGUCGUCGCAGCUUUCACUCGCAUCAGUUGAAGAAGAAAACUUGAUCCAACGUUGUGCUUCCUUCCAGUCCAAGUGUGGGGAAUUGAACAUCAGUUACCCCUUCGCUAAACCGCCCGAGGUGGAUUGUGGGCUAGGCAUCAUCAAUUGUGCUGAAGACUCAAAACCACAACUUGACAUUUAUAUGGAAGAUCCACAGAUGCUUCAGGUUAAAAACAUCAGCUACACCGAAAAGACGAUUCUAAUUCAAGACCUAAACUUCAUGAACCUCCUAAAAUUGAACCGCUGCAAUGACCUCUACAAUUUCACCACGUCACUUGUUUCCCGGAAUCUUUCCUUCCGACUGAAAACCCCCUUUCUUUACUUCGGAAUAUGCGAGGCCGAUCCUAAACUCUCCCCAGGUGAACACGUUACCGGCGACGAACUGCGGGGUGUCAGACGCUGCGAAUCCUAUGAUCUGCACUUCUCCAAUAAGAGUAACUCGACGAACCUUCAAUCUGCCCGCAGAAGGUUUAAGUUUCCCGUGGAUUUGUCCGGGGAGGAUAAUGACCUCUUGCUUCGGUUGUAUAAUGGGUUUAGUCUUCAAUGGGAACUCCCCCAACAAUGCCCUAAAUGUGACACAAACGGCACACUCUGUCUGAGAGAACAGAACGAAGGACUUUUCUUUUGUGUGGAUCCGAAUCAAGUUACUGUUGCAGGGAACGGUAAGCUGAAGAGGAUAAUUAUAACAGCUAUUGUAUCAAGCUUUAUGCUCGUAAUUACAUUAAUGGCCAUUCUUGUGUCAUUUUGGAAGAAAAGAAAAAGAAACAUUCACAAUUAUGAUGAUUUUCUAAAGAAUUAUGGAUCAAUGGCACCCAAGAGAUAUAGUUAUUCGAACAUCAAGAAAAUGACGAAUUCAUUUCAAGAAAAAUUGGGCCAAGGUGGUUAUGGUGGUGUAUUCAAAGGGAAGCUACCUGAUGGUCGUUUGGUUGCAGUGAAAGUCCUAAAUGCCUCUAAAGGUAAUGGAGAAGAGUUUAUAAAUGAAGUUGCAAGCAUUAGUAGGACUUCCCAUGUUCAUAUUGUCACUCUGUUAGGUUUUUGUUUCAACGGCUCCAAAAGAGCACUUAUCUACGAGUUCAUGUCCAACGGAUCUCUUGAGAAGUUCAUCUACAACAAGAAAUCAAUAAAAACAUUCCCUCACCUCAGUUGGGACAAACUACAUCAAAUUGCAGUUGGUGUCGCCAAGGGAUUAGAGUAUUUACAUGGUGGUUGUAAUACUCGUAUUCUGCACUUUGACAUAAAACCUCAUAACAUCCUUUUAGACGAAGACUUUUUCCCAAAGAUAUCCGAUUUUGGUCUUGCUAAACUAUGUCCUAGAAAAGAUAGUAUCAUAUCAAUGGCAGAUGCUAGAGGGACUAUAGGAUAUAUUGCACCAGAAGUGUUCUCUCGGAAUUUUGGAGGAGUUUCACAUAAGUCAGAUGUCUAUAGCUAUGGAAUGAUGAUACUAGAAAUGGUUGGUGGACGAAGGAACAUUGAUGCAAGGGCUAAUCACACAAGUGAAAUUUAUUUUCCAGAUUGGAUCUAUAAGCAUAUUGAACAAAGUGAGCAUUUACCAUUAGACAUGGUUAUGGGGGAAGAUGAAGAAGAAAUAGUCAGGAAGAUGGUUUUAGUAGGUUUAUGGUGCAUACAAAUGGAUCCUACAAAUCGACCAUCAAUCAAGAAAGUGGUGGAUAUGUUAGAAGGAAACCUUGAAUCUUUGCCAAUUCCUCCCAAGCCUUUCUUAUCUUCUCCUCCAAGACAACUAGUUGAUUCUUUUACUAGCUCAGUAUCUUAAUUUAUUUCUUUUAUAUCACAAUCUUUGUACUCAAGAAAGAAUGUGUGUUUCUUAUGGGAGCAAUAUUAUGUAUUUCUUUGGGUUAGAAAGGCAACAUACA